AUUUAUUGCCUAAUAACAGAUGCCUUCUCGAUGAGAUCAUGUCAAUAAGAGCAAUGAAACAAGCCAGGUGAGUGGUGGGCAUUGCAUGUCGGAGCACUCAUGCCCAUCACCACCGCUUCAAACCCAACGCCCUCACCUUCCGAGCUCCAAUUCGUCCCUUCUCCAUCGUCAUUCCGCGGACACCCUCGUUUCCCCUCCUUCCCUUCCUCAUCCCACCGAUGCUUACCGCGUGAAUUAUCCCAUGUAGCUGCAAAGCCACGGGGAGAAGACGACCCAUUCCGCUGCAGGAAUGGAUAGGCGUAAGGAAGAAGUGGAUUGCUUAUUGCGGGAGGCCGAGGAGGGGAAGGAGGCGGCUGAAUUUCCCGACGAGCGUUCCCUGAUGAGGCAGCCGAGUGGUGCCAUCGGAGACGGCGCGACGGACGGAUCCGAGGGAGGGAACAAGAGGAAGAAGAAGCUGACGAAGCAGCUUUCGAUGCAAGAGACGACGAGGGAGGCCAGAUGGGAGAAGCGGCGGCGGCAGAUUCUGGAGAAACGGCAGCGGCUGGUGGCGGUAGAGGAGGAAGAGAAAGUGGCGGCGGUGGAGGAGAAAGAGGAGGAGGGAGAGGGCAAGGGGAGGAGAGUGAGGUCCAGGUUGAGGAGCCUGACGGACGAGGACUUGGACGAGUUGAAGGGGUGCAUCGAGCUUGGCUUCGGGUUCAGUGAGGAGGAGGGCGGUCAUGACCUCCGCCACACGUUGCCGGCGCUCGACCUCUACUUCGCCGUCAACCGUCUGCGGAAUUGCUCGUCGAGCUCCGGUUUCUCGACCGAUACCUCGUCGCCGCCCGCACUGAGCCCCCGGAGCAAUGACGGCAGCUCCAGUUCCGGCGACUCCUGGAAAAUAUGCAAUCUUGGGGACGAUCCGCUGCUAGUGAAGACGAGGCUAAGGCACUGGGCGCAGGCCGUGGCUUGUUCUCUCCGGCAAAGCUGCUAAUUAAUAUGCAAGCAACAGACUCAAGCUCCUACUUCAUAACAAGAGCAGAAAGCUAGUGGUCACUCUUACCUCAGUGUUCGAUGUAUGUAUCAUCGGUUGUAAAUUGUCGAUCCUGCUAUCCACUUCCAUUGUUCUUCAAUCUAUACGCUUCCAUUC